UAUUUUAGUUCGGUCUAUUUGCCUAUAGAGAGUUCAAUAGCACUUGCUUCCGUUUAAUGGUUCGCUAACAAUUUUCUCCUCGUUAAGGAAUUUUACGAUCUAGAUUCUUUUGAGUUAGAUACUUGUUUUGUUUUCCUAGUUUGUAAUUCAGACUUCAUAAAAAGGUUGGUCUGCGGUAUAUAGUUAUACGACCAUGGCUGUGAAUUGAAGGAGUAAACUUGAAGCCGGAGUGGAAAGCAUAUCGAAUAAAGAGUGCCAAACGAUGAGACAUUUUCGCUUCUCUCUGCGGUUAUUGUUUGCCGUGGUUAUUGCUUGCGCAGUCUUCUUGGUCGCGGAUUUGCUUUACGGAAACCAACAACAAACCAUUGUUACAGAUUCCUUCAAGACUCUUCAAACUUCCUUUUUAUCGAAUUCUGGAAACGAACCCACGAAAAGUGAUCCUCUUUCGGAUAAGGAUGAUUUUAUUGACUUAGAUGUCCCCUCAACAACCGAGACCCGCCGGGAUAAUUUCCCAACGACACCGACGACCUCGUCGGAUUCUUCCGAUCGCAGACGAAGUUUGCUGAUCUACGGAGCCGACCGCUCGGGAACAACGUUUAUCAGCCGAAUGUUUAGCGAAGAUCCUCAGGUAUUCAUGAUCUACGAGCCUCUCUGGGUGACCAAGCGAUUGAGAAAGGCCGAGCCGGAGACAGACUGGUCAAAAAGCGAGCUGGAGUUGGUGAAUGGGAUCCUUAGCUGCAAUUUUCCAGAUUUUCCCAUGGCAAAACUAUUUCUUGGCCAUACUUCGAGAAACUGGGCAGCCGCUCGUUUUAAGAACCCGUUCCAGACUCCAAACUUUUGCAACGUCUCGGACACGGGUCAACUCUCGUGCCCAAACCUCUUACAAAUGCCAAAAUUCGCCCAGGAACGUUGCCUUACAAUGUACAAACAUAGUGUCACUAAGGUGGCCCAAGUUCGCGUGCCUGACAAGAUGCUGUCAAGUAUCGUCCCGCAAGUGUUCUUAGAUAACCUGGAUACUGACGUCAAAGUCAUUCAAAUACUCAGAGACCCACGUGGGAGCCUGAAUUCCAGGAUUCAACUGGGAUGGCUACCAAAACACACAUCCCCCGGGUUUGUACGUCAGGUACGAUAUCCGUGCGAGAAAAUAGCGGAGAAUGUGAAAUACGGAAGAAACCUGCCCGAGAAAUACCAAGACAAAUAUAUGGAAGUGUAUUAUCGUGACAUAGCUACGAGCCCUGUUAAAACUGCAAUGCGAAUCUACAGCUUUGCCGGGUUUCAGAUCUCAGAGGAUUUGAUUAAAUGGAUUGUUUUUAACACAAGUCCAAGUGAAGAGGCACUGGCUAGGGAAUCUGGCAAGAGCUUUUCCUCUGUUCGCAAUUCUACUGCAAAUGUCGAAAAAUGGCGCAGUGCUCCAGCAGAGCAGAACAGAAUAAUUGAACGUGAAUGCAAGGAAUUAAUGCAACUGUUAGGAAUUGAAAACUGAUGAGGGGAUAUAUAUUUUUGAAAAUUGACGAGUAACUAGGAUGCUAGUAACAGUAACAAUAAUAAUAAUUGUCGAAAGA